AUGUCUCAAACCAUCACCCCCGCACUCCCCAAGCUCUUCCAACCGGUGCAAGUGGGCGACUUGCACCUCGCCCACCGCAUCGUCCUCGCCCCGCUCACCCGCAUGCGUGCCAACAACAAGCACGUUCACGGCGACAUCGCCGUCCAGUACUACUCCCAGCGCGCAUCGGUCCCGGGCACCCUCCUCAUCACCGAAGCCACGUACAUCGCGCCCUGGGCGGGCAGCAUCUCCGUCAACAUCCCCGGCGUUUGGAAUGAAGACCAGAUUGCGGCCUGGAAGCGCGUGGCGGACGCCGUCCACGCCAAGGGGUCGUACAUUUUCAUGCAAAUCUGGGCCAUCGGGCGCGCCACCGAGUUGGAGGAGCUCGCCAAGGACGGAGACUACCCUUACCUCGCGCCCUCCGCUAUCCCCCUCAAAGGGAGAGACAUCGCCCCGCGGGCCAUGACUGUCGAUGAGAUCAAGCAACAUGUUAAGGGGUUCGCCACCGCCGCCAAGAACGCCGUCUUCGGCGCCGGGUUCGACGGCGUCGAGAUACACUCCGCCCACGGCUACAUGCUCGACCAGUUCCUCCAGUCUUACACCAACCUGCGGACAGACGACUACGGCGGGUCCCCCGAGAAGAAGUGCCGCUUCCCGCUCGAGGUCGUCGACGCCGUGAUCAAGGCUGUGGGUGCGAAGAGGACCGCGGUCAGGAUGAGUCCGUGGAGCGCGUACAACGACGUUGCCGUAACCGACCAGAUCCCGACGUUCUCCCACUUCGUGACCCGCCUUGCGGAGGAGCAUCCCGAUCUCGCAUACAUCCACCUCGUGCAGCCCGGCCUGUCCGGCACUGACGACAAGGACAUUGAAGAAGGAGAGAGCAACGACUUCAUCCGCAAGAUAUGGCUUCCGCGCACGCUCAUCUCUGCGGGUCGCUACACGCGGGAGACUGCUAUAGAGCGCGCCGAGGAGACCGGCGAGCUGAUUGCGUUCGGGCGCCGCUUCCUGGCCAACCCCGACCUUCCUAUCAGGCUCCGCGAGAACCUGCCGCUCCAGGGCUGGAGCCGCGAGGUGUAUUACACGGCGGAGGACCCGCACGGCUACGUCGACUACCCCACCUACGAAGAAUCCCUGAAGAAAGAGUUCAAGGCGUCAAAACUGGUUCUCAAGCUCGCAACCGAGCUGAAGCAUGUCCCCCCAAUCAGUGAACUUCGCUUCGGACAGAGUAUGACAGAUCAUAUGAUUUUCGCCACAUACGAUCCGGUGAAGGGCUGGUCUGCGCCCGAAAUAAGGCCGUACGGACCGUUGACCUUCGAGCCCGCAACUUCGUGCCUGCAGUACGCCACCGUUGCAUUUGAAGGGAUGAAAGCAUACCUAGGCCCCGAGGGUGAAGCACGGCUUUUCCGCCCAGAGGAUAAUAUGGCAAGAUUUGCCCGUUCAGCUGCACGGCUCGCGCUCCCGCUAUUCAACCACGGGGAGCUUUUGAAGCUUCUCAAGACUCUUGUCAAGAUCGAGCGGUGA